AGUUGAAUUCGCGCCACAACGCAAAGCGGUUCGUUCUCCUUUCCCAGUGAAGUGUGUGAGUGUGCGUGUGUGUGUGUGUGCUCCAACCUAUCCACCCACCUGUUUCGACUUCCUUAAGAGUUCGAGAACAAAAAAAUAUAUAUACUCUAUAUAACAAACGUUUGAACAAUUGAAUUAUGUGAAGAUAAGAUUAAAAUAUAUGAAAAUAUAGCAAAUAAUAUUCAUCGAGUUCUAGUAGUUUUGACCAAUUAAAGGGUACCAACAGACGAAUGGUAAAUUAAGCCAUACCAAAACACAACAGACAAACCUCGAGAGAGAGAGAGAGAGAGAGAGCGUGGGAGACACAAAUCACUCAACACAAUGACGGAAGUCCGACAUCGCCGCGGAUCAUCGUCCGUGCCGCCGGGUCACUAUCUGUGCGGCAUGGCCAAUUGGCAUCCUGCUUGGCUGCAGAAAUACGCCACCACCAAAACAUUUAUGGGCGUAUACGGUUUAUUGGGCACCAUUCAGGCCAUGUCCUACAUGUAUUUCAUAGUCACGCUGACCACUUUGGAGAAACGUUUUAAGAUACCAAGCCAAACAACAGGAAUCAUUCUUAGCGGCAAUGAGAUCUCACAGAUAAUGUUAUCUCUGAUAUUAUCGUAUAUUGGAGGACAACGUAAUCGUCCACGUUGGAUAGCCUGGGGCAUUGUAUUUUGUGGUCUAUCCUGCUAUAUUUUGGUUCUUCCUCACUUUAUCUAUGGAGCCGGAGAGGAGGUCCUGCAGUUAACGAAAGAAUAUCAGGAUAGUUUAAGUCUCAAUGGUUCAGACAAUGGAGGAUUCACUUUGGCAAAUGUCACUUCCAAAACGGAACCAUUGUGUGGCAUGGAUAAAAAGGAGGAGACCUGCGAUAGUCUUUUCACCUAUGUGCCUUUGGUGUUAAUCUUCAUCUCACAAUUUGUUUUGGGUGUGGGCAACACUUUGUACUAUUCGCUGGGUCAGACCUAUCUCGAUGAUAAUACCAAAAAGACGAACACGCCUCUCAUGUUGGCCGUGGCCAUGGCCUUGAGAAUGAUUGGCCCAGUGUUUGGUUUCUUUUUUGGCUUCAUUUCGUUAAACACUUUUAUUGAUCCCAGUAAGACGCCGUUGAUCGAUAACAAGGAUCCACGUUGGUUGGGUGCCUGGUGGUUGGGCUGGUUGAUUCUCGGCACUCUUAUGUGCAUGUUCUCUGGUCUGAUUGGUCUCUUUCCCAAGGAGUUGCCCAAGCGAGGAAACGAUCGUUCCAAAUACAAUUCCCACUUGCCGCAAGUGUUGCGUCACGAGGAGCUGAAGCAUGAGGAUAACUUGGCGGUAUCCAGUCGUUUCUCUUCGAAUGCCGCAUUGGACACCAUUGGAGCGGGAGCUGGAGCCAAUUCCGAGUUGCCCAAGUUGAAGGAUUUCCCCAAAGCUCUGAUGCGUUUAUUGAGAAACAAAUUGCUGCUCUUUAACAUCAUCUCGGGAGUAUUUUAUAUACUUGGAGCCUCCGGAUUCAUGACAUUCCUCACCAAAUACAUGGAGGUGGUGUUCCACAAGAAUUCCCAGAGUGCCACCAUUGUCGUUGGUCCCGUGUCAAUUCUGGGCAUGGUUAUUGGUCUGGUGGGUUCUGGCAUGGUCAUAUCGAAGCGUAAGCCUAGUGUCAGCAAAGUCUUACUUUGGAAUGUGGUUGUCGGUGGCAUUUAUAUAUUGGGACAGAUCUCGUAUGCCUUUCUCUAUUGCCCGGAUUCCGUUUCCAUGACCCAUGUGGGAGAACUCAACCUGACCACAGCUUGCAAUGCAAACUGUUCGUGUAGUGGUAUUAGUUACACUCCAGUCUGUCAUGAGGCCACAGAGACGACAUAUUUCUCCGCUUGUCAUGCUGGUUGCUAUAAUUACAAUUCGGAUUCGAAAUUAUUCGAGAAUUGUGCCUGUCUGGAGAAGACGCCAUCGAAUGCCACUCAACGUUUCCUCCAACUGUUGGCAGUUCCCACCGUUGAUCCCGAACUAGACGACUUCACCGAUUUGGACCUGGACACAGAUGGCGGUGAUGCCAUCCUGCUGCAAGAUGACUUUUCCUCUCCAGAAGUCGACAAUACCGAAUCUUUGUCACGCACUCGACGAUCCGAAAGCGAUCCAAGCAUGGUUUUACGGCCUGGCAUUUGCACCAAGGGUUGCAAUUGGUCCUUCUGGAUGUUCUCCAUAACUUCAAUGAUUGUCAAUUGGUUUGGUUCCUCUGGCCGGGUGGGCAAUGUCCUGGUCAAUUAUCGUUCAGUGUCGAUUGAGGAUAAAUCCUUUGCCCAGGGCUUGGCCCUCAUGAUGAUCAGUUUGUUUGCCCUGAUCCCGGGACCCAUUAUCUUUGGUCGCAUCAUUGAUUCCACUUGUUUGGUGUGGACGAAAACCUGCAAUGGCAAUGGUAAUUGUCAGUUAUACGAUCAGACACGGUUUCGUUAUUCUGUUAACUUUUUAUCCUGUCUUCUUACCUUUAUCGGUGUAUUCUUCGAUUUUCUCGUCUGGUAUUAUGGGCGCGAUCUGGAUCUCUAUGGGGAUAAGGAGGCUAAGCGUGUGGAGCAGGCCAAUCGACGGGAUCAACCUAUUACACCUCUCUUGGCCAAAAAGCCCCAGAAAAAUGAUAAUCAAUAAGAGGAAAGAUGAUGAUAACGAAAUGAUUCCCAUUCCCAUAGAAAUCGUGAUGAAAUGUUUCCAUUCCUCAAAGCCAUUUGUACAAACAUCUUUAAGUUGUGUGUAGCCAAUGUUAAGGAUUUCAUAAUUUUGAUAUAUCUAAUUGCAAUCCUUUUGUUUUUUUGUAUUGUUUUCUU